AACAUGGCGGGUCUGGAGUGAGACGCACGCCUAAACUUUACAUUGAGAAUUGAUUUCUGACUCUAUUUAUUCUUUUCAAGUGCAAGAAAUCCGUCGAACAAAACAUGUCCCGCCACAGGAAUGUACGAGGGUAUAACUACGACGAAGAUUUUGACGAUGACGACAUGUAUGGACAGUCGGUGGAGGAUGACUACUGCAUUUCACCUGCUACCGCUGCACAGUUUAUCUACUCGCGUCAAGACUCGAGACAUGCACGGCAGGUGGAACCGCUGGAGGAGGCAGAGUUUGAGGAAGAGGAGGAGAUGCCAACCAUCCCCACCAUCACAAACACUCUUGACCCUCUAGAACAAGGUCGGUUGUUUUCCUGUUUGGAUCACAUGAGAGCGGUGCUGGGAGACUCUGUUCCAGACGCCACAUUAACACAAGCAGCUUUGAAGUACGACUACGAUCCUCAAAGAGCCCUUGACUUCAUUCUGUCCGAAGAGAAAACCAAUGGGCACACCCCUCCAGCCAGUACCAACCAGAAGCCGGAGCCUACCACCACACCAGUACAAAAGAAAGGAGCCAUAUUUGUUUCAUCACUCAAUAAGACAAAGACUGAAAAAAAUACACACUCGACUGGCAAACCCCAGAAACGGGUCCCUGUACCAUCUUAUAACCUCAGUGAUUUGUUAGCCACGUCUGCAACGAACAAGAUCAGGACUAUUACACAAAAUUUCCCCUCUGGUCUGGGGAGCUUGGCUAAUAAUAGUUUGAAAGCAGUUUCAAGUCAGUCUUUGGAAAAGUCAGUUGAGGGACAAUUUUCAGGACAAAAUUCACUGGCCCAACUUAUAGCUCAGCAUGAACAGAAAUGUACUAAUAUCCCACCCCUGGUCUCCUCUACUGGUAUCUCACUGGAUUACAUUAUUCCUCUGACUGCCAGUCUCACACGAGGUCCUGAAUAUCCUACUGGUUCUUGUCCUAAUCCAACUGCCCCGCUAUCUGCAGCUCAGGGCCCUAGCGUCCCACCCUUGUCUUUGUUUUCUCUUGGUUCUGGUGCAAGUUUCUCUACUGGCGUGUCUUUGGGAACUUCUGCCUCUAGUCUGUGUGUAACAUCCAACUCAUCUCUUCUCCCCUGCUCGCUUGGUAAUCUGACGUUGCAAGACCCUCGGGUAUCCACCUCUCUUCCUGUCUCAUUGCAAAAUUUGAGCUCUGGCUUGCAAAGCAGCAGGCCACUGGGAAUACCUCCCAAACUAAACUCCGUCUCCAAGAUCCAUGGGGUCGAAAAUGAUGGAGGGGGCCUGUCACUAGCCGACCUUAUUCAGAAGCAUCAGGGCAGCAGUCCUAAACUGUAUGAUUCUUUGCCAGGACUCCAAAAUACACACAAUUUGCACACCAACAACACUCAACCCAAUACAAACCUCAUAACAUGCAAACAUCCCCCUCCUGGCUUCUUAGGGACACCGUCCCUUUUUGACCUCAUAUCCCAACACCAAGCUAAUGGGCAGCAACUCCCAGCAUGCUCCGCGUCACGUAAAACUAGCCACAGGACAACAAAUAGCAAAACUUCUGUGUCUAAGCCCCACCCACUAAGUUUAUAUCCGAACGUUGACCUUAGCACGCUCAUGUCCCAGACAUCUCCGAAUGCUUCUCCAGGUUACCAAGACAACCACUCACCCACCCACUUGAGUUUUUCCAACAUGUCUGCUUGUCACAAAAAACGUGUAUGUGCAGACCCGUCCGUGUUUGCAUUAGCCAUGUGCAUACGCGUAGGAAAAGAUAAGAGUUUGCCGAAAACUGUGAGACAUAAAGCUUUCUUGUAUAGCAAGCAGAUGGAAAGAGUCAAGGAACGAGUGCAGUGCGGACCCCUCCAUCACAUCACUCCGUUUUCGUUCGACACGCCCUCUCCGGAUGACAUAGUCAAAGCGAAACAACGAAGAGCUUUUACUCGGGAAUGAGAGAGUCAGUGGAUCCCACUUUUUUUACACUUGUCACUAAGUUAUGUUUUAAAGGUAAACACUGCAGAACAUUUUAAGCUCUGAACUCUGACAAGUCUGAUUGGGAAGGUUCAAGUCUUAGGGUUAUUUUAUGUCCCUCUAUUAAAGCAUUUAACAUUUGAAAACGCUGCCGACAUGGGCAUAAUGCGAGCAUGCAGGCAGUUACAAUAAUAUUAAAGGGACAGUUCACCCAAAAAUAACAAUUCUGUCUUAUUUACUCACCCUUUGAGUUGUUCCAAAUCUGAAUAAAUGUCUUAGAAGUCAGUGUUCAUUCAGAAGAAAGAAAUGUAAACAGAUUUAGAACAACUUGAUGGUUAGAAAAUGAAGACAGAAUUUUCAUUUUUGGGUGAACGUUCAUUUAAGAACAUGCUGCACUUUGUUUGAUUGUAGACUUGCAUUCAAGAGCUGAAAUUACCUUAUAAAUAAUGGAUGCUGAAGAGCAGUGAAAAUAUAAAGACCAUGACACUUGAUGUUAACAAAGGACAGUCUAAAUGUAUUAAUCAAAAAAAUGGACUACUCCUGUCUGACUAGUAUUAUUUUUAAGAUUUAUUGCUUGCAAAUUUUUAAUUUUGAUGUUUGGUGUACAUAUUUUCAAGAGCGCAACCUUUUUUAUAUUUUUGUACUUGAUUUUUCUAGUUUCAUUAUGUUUUGAUAAAUUAGUGUGAGAAUAGAGAGCAGAAGAUAUAGGAAGACUGAAACGUUUCUGUACAGCUGUUCUGGUGUAUUUUGAAAUGAGGAGCAGCUCUGGUUUACCACACAUACAGAAACGGGAGACAUUUGGGUUGGGGGACACCUGGAGUCUUUCCCUUUGCGUCUUUUGACACACCCAGACACAACCCUCCCCCUCCCUCCCCCCUGUGCUGUAAAGGUGCUUUUAAAUAUUAUAAUGUUAUGUUUACUAAACGAUUUUCUACAAUGUUCAUUUCAAUUAUCUGCCUCACUUUUUAAUUUUUUUUUAAAGCACUGAUAUUUGUAACUUGUAUAGAUUCUAAAAUAAAACUUUCUUGUUUCA